GCUGGAGUUACGACGAGGCGGCCAACUAUAUCGACAACUAUCGACACUUUGGCGACAAAACGCCGGACAUAAUAAUGGGUAAAACCGGUGCCGCCGGCAGUGCGUCCGACUCGGCCACAGAAUACGGCCGAGUAGUCGACGCCUUAACUACUGUCCGAUCUAUCAAUAAGACAGACGCCGUGUCUCUCAUCCGUACGUUUGACACCAUCGAGAAUAUUGUCCGCUCGGACGCCGACCAACUCAUUAUAUGCCCGGGAAUGGCAGCGCUUAAGUAUCAAAGCUAUCGUCUUCGGCAACGCUGUCCACACUUUGUGUUCGGUUCUGUACUAUUCCUUCGGCGAUCAACAGUUGCCGAACGGCCCACUCGUAGCCAAAAG